UGGCAACUUUAUCAGGUUGUCUAACAUAAUAACACUCGUAAACUCGGGCAUUCGGGCAUACGGGCGUAUGUACCUACCCCUCCAAAUUACAUGCUUACAUUUUUCUAUAGAACAAAGAUCUAACCCAAGGUCUACUAAGCCUAAACCUUUCAGCCUUGUUCAAUAUUUUUCGCAUCUUUACAUUAGGCUAUACCUAGGUACCUAGGUAGGUAGGUAUAUACCAGAGAAUGAUGACAGAUUGGCCCGAAAUCCUAUUGAACAGAUCCUUGAGGAUUGAGAGAGAGACCGAAAUUGGUCUCCGCCGUCGACCGGAAUAUGAUCUUCGCAGCCAGGUACAGCGACUUGAGAAUCAAUUUAAUGAGCUUGCCAAACGCACCGAGAAUUAUCCCCUAACGGGGGAUCAGCUAGGCCAUGGAGACCAAGAAGCUUCGGCAAGACCGCCAGCGAUAUCUCGAACCCCUUCCACGAUUCAGCAGAAUCUCAAUAAGUUUUCUCCCGAGUUGCUAUCAGAUCCCAUACCAUUCAUCAACGUAUGUAGCACAGCGGAAGAGUUCUUUAACAGGAGGGACUCUGUGUAUUACAUCGAAGUGCUACAGAGUUCGCGCCAGUUGUCAAGAGGCGUUAGUCGACUUGUCGGUGGCGCACCCAUCAGCAGCGGCCAAAUUAGCACCGCCGUUUUACCUAGUCGUAUCAGAAUACGGUGUCCAUACAUGCUAGAAGUUCUGAAAAACAUCACAAACACAGCCUUCAGCCCAAAGGCAUACUCAGAUGCCUCAGAUCCAUCAAUAGUGUCGCUAGUGUUUCUUUACCCGUUCAAGUUAUUCAUACGGCACUAUGAAGAAAUUCUUGCUUUCCUAGAAAACUCCGACGGGCCUUCUAGUCGAUAUGGAAACCAAGAGACUCAGAUUGCACUAUUGAAGACGCUAUUUCAAGAGCAUUUGAGCCCCCUGUACGGAAUUCGAUAUGAGCUCCGGAAUCACCAGCGCACCACGCUACUAUUCGAGCACCUAUGGCUCCUAUUCGACCUCGGCGACGUUUGUUACGUGAGGGAGCCAGAUGAGGCCUUUCCUGAUAUACACCGACUUUGGAGAGUUACACAGUAUGGAGGUGGAAGGGAACUACUCAACGACAACGAGCCCGUAACCACUGACCCGCACCUUUUGACAAGUCUCCCCAAGGGAAUGUCGAAGGGAAGAGAAUCUUCCUUUUAUGUCCGUGGAUUUUGCCUUGACACGGAUGGGAAGAAAAUAGUCAUUGAGGAUAGUUGCUUCACGAUGCCUCGCUGGGAGGGUGAGCGACAUAUCCAUGAACUACAGAUCUUCCCAUAUGAAUAUUGUCAGCCUAGUAGAGAUUUUCACCCAGAGACGACGCGUGACGAUUGGAUCGUGCGUUUAGCCAAGGAAGGUGAAUGUUAUUCUAGGUUGAUGGCAGGCGAAGUCAAGCACUUGAAGGGGAUUGGAGUUGAUGAGAAGUCAAGAAAGGCGGAGUAUCGAUCGGACAUAAUCAUUGAUCAGUCUCAGGCAGGAUUGGAAGCUCCUGGACUGUCGCUUGGCCUCAGCGAAAAAGAAUUGGAAAAAAUCCCAAAUUUUAUGAAUGUUAUCCGCUCACAUUCCUCAACCUCGCUAUUCAUUUAUGAAGGUGAUGCUCGAGAGGUAGAAGAGCUCCCUUCACGCAUUUCUGCUGAAUGCCGUGAUUUUAGUGUCUCGGAUACGAUUCAUGACGACAACUCACUAGAAUACGAGAUCUUCAAAAGCCGCCUAGAAAACAUACGACCGCCGUUGUUGGAUACUCUGAGAAACCCCCCCGCCGGUGUAGAAGUGAGCAGAGAGAACUACAUGCUCUUCCCUAGAAUUGUCAAAGGAUUCGUAUUAUCAUCGCGAAAAUGGGUAAACUUCGAGAUUUCUGCAAUGCAGGACGCCAUCUUCGAUAGCAGCCUUUGGACCGAGCUACAACUGCCGGUGGGAUAUAAGAGAGCAUUGCUCGCUACGGUGAGAAGUCACCUCAGAGCCAGGGACACAUCUGUCCAGAGUGACAGCGUUCCAGGUAAAGGGGCAGGCGUUAUUAUACACUUACAAGGACCUUCGGGAAUUGGAAAGACCUUUACCGCUGAAGCUCUCGCGGCAUUCACGGAACGGCCUUUGUACCGCAUUACAAGUGGGGAGCUAGGUAGUACUGUUAGUCAGAUCGAGACACACCUGGCCGAAAUUCUGGAUCGGGGACAGAGAUGGGGUUGUGUGAUUUUGCUUGACGAGGCCGAUACAUAUCUGGCUAAGCGAGGUAGUGAUACGUUCGAGAGGAAUGCUAUUGUCGGCGCUUUCCUUCGCCAACUUGAAUGGUACCCUGGAAUUAUGAUCUUAACGAGUAACCGGAGCCUUGACUUUGACGAUGCAGUUGCUCAGAGAAUCCACCUUCAACUGUUCUACCCGCACUUGAAUUUUGCGGCAGCGAAGAAAGUAUGGGCAACAUACUGUACAGAGGAAAAAUGUCAGCAACUAGUUGCUGAGCGUGGGUCGAGGAAGCCAAAAGUAAAGAUUCAACAAGAAGUUCACACCUGGUGGGAACGCCACUAUAACGGUGCAAUUCUAGGGUCUGGGGAACAGGGAGCACAACCUUGGUGGAGCGGGCGCCGUAUUCAGUUUGCUUUUAGGGAGGCCACAGCCCUCGCAGUCCUUGACAGACUUGACGAAAAGCUGAAAGAAGGAAAAAAUAAUGUCGACGAGAUUGAAAGCAGACUAAGGAAACUGAAGAGGGAUCUAAGGAAGUCAGAGGGAGAUCGGACCAAAUUUGACAGCUUGAAGAACAAAAUCAAGAGUCUGGAGAGUCGUAUCCCAAGGAUUAAGGAUGCUUCUUACACCAUCGAGGAUAAAGAUGAGAUUUUCAUUAAAACAGAACAUUUUGAUGAGAUUCUCGCUAGGAGCCAGGCCUUCGCCAAAGGGUUGCGUAACUCUCACGACCCGGACAAUUCAAACUCCACCGAUUGUCCUCCAGAUGAAGAAGUGAAAUACGUCGAUGGUGAGGCUACCGAAGCGUAUUUUGACUAUUAAUCGUCGGAGAGUGAUGUGGAUGGUGAAUCUAGCUUCGAAUAGGAAGGGGGAGGAUGAGAGGAGAAACUCAAGCGAUGGUUCAUACUUUGUGGCCCU